AUGUCGCAUGCAUCUUCAAAACUUCCGAUCUUCUCUCUGCUUCUGCUUUCGCUGAUUCUUUCGCCAAUCCGUUGCGACGCUCGCCGAGGAGGCAGGCCGAGAGGGCGACAGCGGCCCGUCGAUCCGGUGGCCCCUGGUGGAGCGCAACACGCGCAGGCCGUCGCGCUCUUCAAGGCAUGGUCCUACAUGUACGGGCUCGUACCGCGUACGAACUACACCAGCAGCGGCUCCGAUAUAAGCACAGAUCGCGCGCACGUCGCGCAGCCACCUUUAUUCCCCCCCCGAACCCUCCGCCCGCCUCCGGGCUUCGCCUCGAGCGCGUCAGCGGGCGGAGGUUCCGGCGGCGGGCGCGGGGCGCGUGUUCCACUGGCUCCGCACAUGGAGAACUGCGCGGCGCUGACGCGCGCGCGGGAGGCUGCGGAGAUGCGCGGACCCUCGGGGGAGAUGCCCGCGUGGGCGCGGCCGUCCAACUGCUCUGAUUGGUCGCCGGAUCCUCCCUGGAUUCGCGGCACGGACGCGGCCAGUCUCGCGAUGACACGUGUCGUGCAGACGGACCUCUGGGGGCACCAGUUCCCGCCGCCCGGCUCCUGCUCGGGGGAGGGGGAAGGCGCGAGGAAGCUUCUGGUGGUGGCGUGGCCGCCGGUGCAGGGCUUUGGCAUUGGCGCGCAGAUGCACAUCAUGUCUGCCGCCUUGAGUCUCGCUGUGGCCUAUGAUCGUAUUCUCACUGUACUUCCUGGGAGCUUUGAGCAUGCCGCUCAUGCGGUUUGCAGAGACACAGGCCACCCUUCCUCCCUCGCCUGCUACUUCCUCCCGAUUUCCUCCCUCGAGUGUGAGCGCGCGGGGGCAGCAGCAGUGGCGGAGAAGAGAGCACCGUACGCACCGCGCAACUUGGAGGAGAUGAAGGUCGCUCUCGCCUCAAAUGAGCCCGUUUAUUACAUCGCCGCCAACUUCCCCUGGCCACUGCGAUUCAAAUUCCAAGCUGACGCUGCCAGUCUCUGGGGUGCUCCCUGGUACGACCGGCCAAUCACAGUGCACCACGUGGGAGGCUCUCCUGCCAUGUCAGAUGAGCUGCUCAAGGUGCACUGGUGGCGAAGCCAGUCGGUCCGCUUCUUCCUCCGCUCCCCGACAGCCUACCUCUGCCAUCUCACUUACCCUUGCUUCCUGUUCUCCCCUCGCCCCAUCUCCCAUCCACCCAUCCCCCCCAUCAGGUGCACUGGUGGCGAAGCCAAUCCCUCUGGGGAAGAAGACAGCAGAAGUGGUAAUGGCAACCGUGAAGCCAACCGUGAAGGCAAGCGUGAAGGAAGCACCGUCAGUGCCACUGACAGCAGCAGAAGUACCAACAUACAGCAUCCUCUGUCGCUCAGACCUUCUCUCGACUCGUCCCUCCUAGAGACCUCCAUUUGGCCGCUCAACCCAGCAGCAGCAGCUAGCGGACGCCUCUACACCCCUGCUUGCACAACCCUAGCACGGAGGGGGGAGGCGGGGGAGGCAGGCGAGGGGGAGGGGGGGCAAGGAAAAGGGAGGCAAGGGGAGGCGGGGCAGGGGGAGGUGGUAUCCUGGGCGGGGUUAUCUGAGGAGCCGUACCUGCCGCGGCCGAUAGUGAGUGUGCAUGUGAGGCAGGGCGACAAGGCGGGGGAGAUGCGCCUGCUGCCUCUGAGGGCGUUUGUGGCAGCGGCACAGCACAUGAGGCGGAAUGCGCCAAAUCUGAACCACAUCUGGCUCAGCACUGAGAUGCAGAGUGUGGUUGAGGAGGCAAAGGAGCAGCACCGGGAUUGGACCUUCCUGUUCACACAGAACCCAAGGCAGGAGGGGGCAAUGACCAUGCACGAGUACGAGGCUGCUGUGGGUGCGGAUGUGCUGGUGGGACUCAGCUUUGUCAACCUCAUUAUAGCGUCGCAUUGCGACUAUUUCGUCGGUACACUUGGGUCGAAUUGGAAUAGGCUUAUAGAUGAACUUAGGUGUACCAAUGGACGAUUGUUUAGCGGGUACUUGGCAUUAAACCAUGGUCAGUGGAGAUGA